AUGGUUCGCCUUCUCCCCGCCCUCGUGGUUCUAUUUUUGGGCCAUGCAGUCGCGGAUGAUCUAUCGGCUUGUUCAGCCGGCUGCAUCAAUUCAGUGUUCGCUGACCCGAGUUCACUGAAAUGCGCCCAGAACGACAAGUUAUGUGUCUGUGACGCAGGGGACAACUUCUCGUUCGCCAUUCGGGACUGCAUUACCCAGGCUUGCGGGGUGACCGGCGACGCCCUCAAUGGUCAGCUGGAAGCUGCGAAGGGUUCUGCUAAGAUCCAGUGUGACAGUAUCAAGGCUUCAGCAGGUGUGACUGCCACCCCGGCUCCAGCUCCAGCCACAACGGAGGCACCAGCACCAACGACGACAACUGCUGCACCUGAAACCACCGAAGAGGCUACGACGAAACCUGCUACCACUGAAGCCACGAGCACGGCUGCGCCUGUCACGACAUCUGAAUCAACGACCACUGCACCUACUACCCUGGCAACCUCGACGCAGAGUUCGUCGGCCAGCAAGUCCAGCGCUGUAACUUCUUCUUCCUCCACAACAGGCACUCGGACCACAGGUGCUGCGCAGACUACUAGCAGCUCGAGUUCUGAUGCGGCUACCUCGCCUUCAGCCGACGACUCUUCUUCGGGUGGGCUCUCCGUUGCCGCAAAGGCAGGAAUUGGCGCCGGCGCCGGUGUGGCCCUGAUUCUCUUCGCCAUCCUUGCAUGCUGCCUUUGCUCGCGAAAACGCAAGAAUACGAAGCCGAACGCAACUUCGAAGCGUCCGUUCCGCAUUCCCACCAUGCAGAUCUCAAGGCCUUUGCCCGGAUCAGGCCGGCAAUAUGCAAAUGACCUCGAGGCAGCCAAGGCUUCAGCCUUGUCAACACACUUCCGUAACGACGUGGUUGCUCCUAUAAAGCCCGUACGAUAUAGUCCAUCGGUGGUUUCAUCACAAUACUCACCAAAGUCGGCCUACGCACCAUCGCGCCCUUCGCGCGAGGAUGAACACGAUCUUUUAGCCCGUCGUUAUGAAGACAUGAUCCCGAGAGUAAAGCCGAAGACCGUGCUGUAG